AUGUUCCGAUUUUUUCAAGGAAAUAAUUACAACAAAUCUCCUGACGAAUGUAGAUGUGGUCUCGAUACACCAUUUAUGACAGCAUGGACCGAUGUUAACCCAGGAUGUCGUUUUUAUGGGUAUGGAAUGUAUAAGUUUCAGGGACAUAAAAGGUGCAAUAAUUUUGUUUGGUAUGAUGAAGAGAUGACUCCAAGAGCAAAAGAGUCGAAUUCCUCAUUGAAUCAAGGAUUAAGUCUAGAGAAGAUUAAAGUUAAUGAAUGCAAGCUCAAAGAGGAUAAGUUGACGAUGAAGAUCAAGUUUGUGAAUAUGCAGUUGAAGUUUACAAUUGAGAUGAGCAUUGUGUUGUUAACAGGACUGGUUACAACAAGUGUAAUGAAGUAA